AUGAUAAUUCGAAUUUUACUGUUUAUUUGCGUUAUAUUGACAAUCGACAGUACGGAUACUAUUAUUGAUAAACUUCGUAUUGAGCUUGAACUGAGCAAGACAGCGAAGAAGGAUCCUAUUAUUCCUUUUCUAUGUGAUAUUCUAUUAUCACAAGAAUUUAUUAAAGCAGCUGAUGAUGAAGAUUUUCUUAGUUUAUUACUUUAUGAACUUGGUUUUGGAGUAUUGGGUGUAAAGCCUAAUUCUUGGGCAGCUAAAUUUCGAGGUGAUCCUCACAAACCAGCGUCUUGUUUUUCUGCUCUACAUUCAACAGCAACGACCGAAAUAACAAAGUCAACUUUGGCUAGUUCAAGAAGAAUUAUAUCAAGAUGCUGCAAUUCUAAUAAGGACUUGUAA